AUGAUAAUAUGCUUUGUGCUCGUCGCGCUAAACUUCGCUCCUGCGGCCUCAGUCGGCGAAAAGGCCAUCUUGGCCUGUACGAGCCACGGCCAAUCUAUGCUCGAGUGUCAUAACGUUUUAUAUCCCAACUCGAAAGUGAGAGUGCCAGUAGACCUUCUGCUCUACCCGCACAUGGUUUUAAUUGGCUUUCAAAACGACAACCAGGACCCGACUUGGAAAUGCGGUGGAACUCUGAUAAGCGACAGAUGGGUGGUCAGCGCUGCGCACUGUAUUGAAGAUCCCAUGUACGGACCCGCAAAAGUCAUGAGAAUCGGAACUGCCACGUUUGAGUUUGACGAGGUCGAUGAGUUGGCACAAGAAAGACUUAUAUCUGCAAUUGUUCCACAUCCCGGAUAUAGGCCACCUUCUAAAUACCACGACAUAGCGUUGAUGAAAGCCGAACCACCAUUUAUACUAAGUAGAAACGUCCGCAUCGCAUGCUUGCAAGUAGAUGACAAUAUUCCACCUGUUAAAUUGACAGCCAUAGGCUUCGGCACGACAAGGUCGGGAGCAGCAGCGGGUAGUCAGACUUUAAUGAAGGUAGACGUCGAUUCCAUCAACGGCACAGUGUGCAAUCGAUCGAUGAGGAUUUUAAUUCGAAGAAGAGUUCUUGCGAAUGGAAUUACGGAUGAGCAGAUGUGCGCCGGCGACUACGAGAACGGGGGAAAGGAUACGUGUCAGGGUGAUUCGGGAGGCCCUCUUCAGUACAUGGAGGAGCAUGUGGACUGCAUCAGGACAUUCCCUCUUCACGUGUUGGUCGGAGUGACGUCCUUUGGAAGGGAUUGUGGAAGGAAAAUGGCUCCAGGUGUAUACACGAGGGUUUCUCGGUACAUUGAGUGGAUCGAGAGUGUUGUCUGGCCUGGGGUUUAUAUAUCUUAA